CACACAGGCCUGCUGUCCCGCACUGCGGCCUCCCCGCACCGGCCUGACCUCCCGCGCUGCGGCCUCUUCGCUAGUCUUCACGGAGAAUAUGAUCGGUUUAGCGGAUCGUUUACCCGGAACGACUAGAUGAUGGAACGAUCGGGCCACUGCAGCUAUGUUCUUCAGCAGCUUUACAAUCAGAGGGAAUGGGGCUUUCUCUGCGACUGCUGCAUCGCUAUUGAUGACAUUUAUUUUCAGACACAUAAGGCAGUUCUAGCUGCUUGCAGCUCUUAUUUCAAAAUGAUCUUUAUAAACCACCAGCAGAACAUGGCACAGCUAAAUCUUAGCAGCACCAAGAUCAGUGCAGAAUGUUUUGACCUCAUUUUACAGUUUAUGUACUUGGGUAAAAUUUUGACGGCCCCCAAAAAUUUUGAGCAACUGAAGCAUGCAAUGAAUUACUUGCAGAUGUAUAUCAUCCCCGAAUGUUUAGAAGACAUACAGGAGAUUGAUUCUUCCCAAUACAAGUGCUCCUCUUCUGCAUCUAGUAGUAGUGGUAAAAUGAUAUUUGGUGUGCGUAUGUAUGAGGAACCUAUGGCCAAGAGUGGAGGAGAACCAAGCAGAUGGACCUCCGAACCAUCUUUAUCGAUGACUGCAUCACAAGAAAAAAAGUCAGAUGUUCUUCAGGUUAAGCCUCAUAAGCAAAUGUUUGAUGGCUUUAAAAAGAACUCGCCUCAAAAAGUGCCCAGUGCAAGGGAGCGUGUGCCCAGGCGUUUCGGAAGGAGCUACACUUGUGAUGGUUGUGGCUUUGUAUUCAGUUGUGAGAAUUUUCUGGUUGAGCAUGUGCUGACUUGUACCAACAGACAACCUUAUGAAAGCAAAGAUUCUCAAAACAGUGACCAAAAUGACCGAAACUCCCUAAAUCCUAAACUCUCAACAUUCAGAGACGAAUGUAAAGCAGAUUCAAGUCAAUCUAAUGAAGAUUCUUUGUCCUCAGAAGGUGGAAAAAGCUCUUUGGUUGUAGCAGAACAAGUAAAAAAUAUAAUUGCUGAUACCACUGAUAAAAACCCAGUUAUAAUAAAAAUUGAGUCUGAUGAGAAUUCGUUGGUUGAAAUUGAGGACAUUAAUAUUGUUAAAAUAUCAGAUAAAGAUUACUUUGAAUCUUCAGAUAUUGAUGACUUGGAAGAUGAACCUGAGGAAACUGUUAGUAGCUACUACUCUGGAGAACAGUGUAAUUCAAAUGAUACUGAAGGCAAGUUUCUGAGAAACAAGUUGUCUGUAAAUGCACUACAAAAUGACAGCAAUUUCAUAAAAGAGAGUGAAGCAGCAGAGGGUUGUGUUGGUAUGGUUUGUGAGCUUUGUGGUUUGACCGUCACAGAGGUAGACUUGUCCUCCCAUUACCUAUCAAAACACAUUGAAAACAUAUGUGCUUGUGGAAAGUGUGGUCAAAUUCUGGUUAAAGGUCGUCAGCUACAGGAACAUGCAGAACGAUGUGGGGAAGUCCAAGAGCCGAUGGGAAGUGAACUGAGAACUCAUCCAGAGAGGAUGCACUUUGGGGACAGUGUGGAGGAACAUUCCUCAGCAGGAGAUGUGCUUGUUGAUAUGUGGGAUGAUCUGAAUGAAACCAGCAUUCAUACUAAUGACAAUACCAGCAAGCAAAUCCUCUCACAAGCUGCUUGUCCUUUUCGCUGCCCAAAUUGUGGGCAACGGUUUGAGACAGAGAAUUUGAUAGUAGAACACAUGUCUCAGUGUGUGGAUCAUGACAUUUAUAGGCAGCCAAUCUCUGAGGAGACUGACCGGGAUCACAGGAGAAAGCAUUUUUGUAACAUUUGUGGCAAGGGCUUUUACCAGCGAUGCCAUCUGAGGGAACAUUUCACAGUACACACCAAGGAAAAACAGUUUGUGUGUCAGAUUUGUGGAAAGCAGUUUUUGAGAGAAAGGCAGCUCCGACUGCAUAAUGACAUGCAUACUGGCAUGGCUAGAUAUGUCUGCUCAUUGUGUGACCAGGGCAAUUUCCGUAAGCACGAUCAUGUGCGACAUAUGAUUUCCCACCUGGCAGCAGGAGAAACUAUUUGCCAAAUCUGUUUCCAGAUCUUCCCAAACAACGAACUUUUAGAACAACACAUGGACGUCCAUCUUUACACGUGUGGUGUUUGUGGUGCAAAAUUUAAUUUAAGAAAAGAUAUGCGAGCCCAUUAUAAUUCUAAGCAUUUUAAAAAGUCCUAGGGCUCUGCAUUUAUUGCAUUUUAAUAGAAUAUGAAACCAAAGCUUUAAAUCCUAUAUUUUCUUCAACUUCAGUUGCAAAACAUUGUUUUUUAUGAGGAGAUAUUAAUUGCAUAGUUAAUACGCAUAAUUAUAGUUGUGACAAUUUGGUAGCAUAGAAGUAUAGAUAUAAAUGUAUAGUAGAAAUAUUCCAGUUUUCCUAUGGCUGUGUAAAGAAUUAUUUACAGGGUCCUGUAUCUUACAGGGCAACUCUGCUACCCAUAAUCCCAGUCAGAAACUAUAUUUGGUAAUUGUAUAAUUCUGUGCACAUAUGCUCCCUAUGAAAGUGGCACUAAUCACUUUGUAAUUGCAUUUCUGUUGUGUUACUAUAGAAUAACAGAUCAACUAAGUCUAUAUAUUUUAAAAACAAAUGAUCAUUUUCUGUAAUGUGUUUCAAUAGCUAAACUUAAUCACUUGCCUGGUGGAGCCAAUCUGGGUUUGAAUCUGUAGACAACAGGGCUAGCCACAUUCAUUAUAUUCAUAUAAUUUACAUUGGUUUGCAGUUAUCUGCUGAAGCCAGUUAGGGACAGAUAUUUAGCAGGAUUAGCCUUGAAAAGUUAUGAGGUGUAUUUCCAGCUUUGAGAAUUAAACAUAAAAGUACACAUA